CGAGACUCCCACACAGUCCCAGUCUCCAGACUCUCUCCCGGACUCCCCAGCAGAGAGGGACAUGGGAAAGUACGAACGGAUCAUACCUAUCUAUAUUAUUAUAUGUAUGUAUGUACAUAUUUAUCGACAAUACAUCUCGAUAGAGAGUGAGUGAGAGAGAGAGAGACUGUAUAUUGUUGAGUUUCAAAUCUAAAGGACAAUUCUUUAUAUGUAUUGAGUUUCCAUCAGAGUGACUGAGAGGAGCCGAUACGACCACAUGAUGGAUAAUCCACACAGCGAACAACAGCAUUUGCUCGUGGAUAGGAUUGCAAACAACGUGGAAAAGCUGAACGACACCGUAACGUCGAUCAAUACCGUCAUGAGUGAUCUGAGGAUUUAUGAGAAGAGGAUUGAGAAGACUGCCGUAGUGUGGUCGAACUAUUGCCGAAAUAUGAACCUGAAAGCUGGGAGCUUGCGCACGUGAUAUCUGUGAACCUCUUUAUUCAAACCAAGCGAAGAUGAAGCAUUCAUUCCUAUCUGAUCCGAUCAGCCUGUGCACAUCCCAGAGGCCAUGUUCUUUGAAACACCAGACAGCGCCCUUAGGGUGCUAAACGCAAGAAAACAAGCGAUUGCGUAAAUGGAGGCCUGCGUCAAUUGUCCAUCUCGUCACGUUUUGGGGAUCCGUAAUGGUCGAUUCCUGAGUUCAUCUGCACUUUGCAUACUAUGAAUUGAUUUGAGAACAAACUUGUUGGGUUAUAGAGUUUCGAGUUGUAUUGAAUGGAUGCUGCACAUUGCGAGUAUCAAAAGUUGCUAUCGUAGUUGCGGGUCACACGCUAGCUAAGAAAGGCGAAAAUCUUGUGGUCUCCGCAUAGUCUAGCACUUUAGCUUUAACGAGAUCAAAUAAAGAUACUUCAAGCAAUCCGA